AUGACUUCGCCAACAACCCCCGAAAAGACUGGGGCGGCUACCGGGACUGCAGCGCAACACGAAACCCACAACGCACCUUCAUCGAUUGUCGAUUCAGAUACCGACAAGGAAGAUGGGCUCAACAAGGACGACGGUGUUACUGCAGUGGGAAUUGCGCAAGAAGCUGAGUCGGAAGAAGAUACACCCGCAGACUCUGACGACCCAAAUCUUCCAACCGGCGCGAAGCUUGCGUUCAUUGUUGUUGCUCUGGUGCUCAGCGUGUUCUUGUUCUCUCUGGAUCAAGUACGUUGACUCCGUCACACAUGCGAGAAAAAUUUCUCGAUCCCAUCCUGAUCAUCAAUCCUUCAGACGAUCGUAGCAACCGCCAUUCCCAAGAUCACCGACGAUUUCAACAGUCUUGACGAUAUCUCAUGGUAUGGAUCCGCCUUCUUUAUGACACUUGGAGGUUUCCAAUCUAUGUGGGGAAAGGUGUACAAGUACUGUCCCCUCAAGACCAGUUUUCUCAUGGCCCUGUUCAUCUUUGAGGUGGGAAGUCUGAUUUGUGCCGUUGCUCCGAAUUCGAAGGCUUUGAUCAUUGGCCGUGCGAUUGCUGGUGUUGGUGCUGCAGGCAUUUCGUCUGGCUCUUACACCAUAGUCGCCUUCUCUGCGAAACCUAGCGCCAGAGCGACGUUCACUGGACUUAUUGGUGCGGCGUAUGGCAUUGCUGCGAUUGUUGGGCCGCUGAUUGGUGGUGCCUUUACGGAUAAGGUGUCAUGGCGAUGGUGAGUGUGACAGGAUAUUACUGCAUUCGAGCCUUGGUUCUAAUGCGAUCGCGCUAGGUGCUUCUACAUCAACCUCCCAAUCGGUGCCGUCUCCGCGGCUAUCAUCCUCGUGUUCUUCAAGACUCCUCCAGCUGCGACACCAGCCAAGGCUACGAUCAAGGAGAAAUUCUUGCAGAUGGAUCCUCUGGGCGUCAUGCUCAUCAUGGGCGCCCUCAUCUCUUUCAUCCUGGCUCUUCAAUACGGCGGAGCAACCAAAGCAUGGAGCUCCGCUACCGUCAUUGGCCUCCUCGUCGGCUCAUUCCUUAUGUUCAUCGCCUUCGCAGCUCUGGAAGUCUUCCAAGGUGAUCGCGCCAUGGUUCCAGUACGUCUCAUGCGUGAGCGAAACAUCUGGGUCAACAACCUCUACGGCUUCUUCUUCUGCGGCUCCUACUUCGUUCCGCUCUACUACCUUCCCAUCUACUUCCAGUCCAUCGACGACGUCUCGGCCUCGCAGUCGGGGAUUCGCAAUCUGCCGCUGAUCAUCUCUUUCAGCAUCGUGACGAUCCUAUCCGGUGGUUUCAUUUCCAAGACGGGCAUUUCGACUCCUCUUCUACCCAUUGGCUCCGCCAUCACGACCGUCGCCGCUGGGCUCCUCUAUACUCUCGACAUGGGAACCGGAUCUGGCAAGUGGAUCGGGUAUCAGCUCUUGGCGGGUAUUGGAUAUGGCAUCUCGUUCCAGGUGCCCAUCAUCGUCUGCCAGGGCACGGUGGAUGUCAUGGAUCUAGCUGCUGGGACGGCGAUGUUGCUCUGUGAGUUUGUUUGCCUUGCGCCCAGACGCUAUAUGGCUACGUACUCUGUUUGUCUGUCCUGCUGACGUGACGUUUUCCUCUCCUCGCAGUCUUCCAAACCGUCGGCGGCGCUCUGCUCCUCUCAGCCGGUCAGGCCGGUUUCGUCAACGCACUCAUCGUUAAGCUCCGCAGUACCGUCCCCACCCUCGAUCCGACCGUCGUCGUUGCAACGGGCGCCACCGAGCUGCGCCGUGUCUUCCAGGGAGAAGUCCUGGAGGGUGUUCUCGUGGCGUACAUGAAGGGCAUCAAGGUUGCUUUCGCCAUCACGACUGCGGCUUUGGGCGUUUCCUUCCUGUUCAGUCUGAUGCCCAGAUGGCAUAGGCUGAACGCGAACAAGAUUGCUGGCGGAGCGGCGUGA